AUGGAGGGUGAAAGUCCAGCCGAACUUCCAGUCAAGCACGAAACCCAGGUGAAGGGUCCCCCUGGUCAGCCUGUAACAUCUCAUCAACAGAUGGCUCCCGGCCAGCCAAUCAUGGCACCCACCCCUGGACAGCCAAUCAUGUACCAGAUGCCACCCGGACAACAACCGGUUUUUGUGCAAAUGCCUGCUGGUCACCCAGCAACAACACCAGAUGGGCAGCCUAUUCAGUAUUACUAUGGUCAACAACCAGUUCAGCCAGGUCAAUUAAUGCAACCGGUUCAACUGGUUAAUGUCCCAAGCCAACCUGGUCAACCUGUAUAUUCUCAACCACAGGCUGGACAGGGUCUGGACCUUACGAUCGAUACCAAUUUCCUCAAGUCCCCUCUCUGCUACAUUAAGAUAGUGGAAUUUGUAAGUACUGACUUUGCUGGUUUUCUAAUGUAAAGACAAAAGGUUUUGAUGCGUACGAUUUUGUGUAAAUUUGAGGUUUACGCGGCUUAUGCAACCAUAAGAGAACAAUGGUAUGGUUUCUUAAUUGUUCACAAAUCUUAAGUGUUAGGUCUUAUUACUAUGUCGCACUGUUUUGUUUCUCAGUUAUGGAAGUUGUCGUUAACCAGCGAGAACCUUAAAAGAAAAGUUUGUCUUCAGAAACCAUACAAUUUUUACCUCUGCCAUUAGAAUUCAUUUAUGAGAUUAUGACACAGACUGCAGUUUGAUAUUUUAAAAAUUAAAAUAGCCGUUCGAAUUUUUCUUUCAAUGUGCUAAGACUUAAGCCAAGAACGCCUCCAUUUUGAUUCUUACCUGGCAACCUGCUCGCUCACAAGUCAGUAAUGAGUCUUAUAAAUCUGCUGGACUAAUUCGGAGCUAUACAUAAAGGCAUUCUUGACUCAAAUGGUGGCUUUUCUGCGAUAAACAGGGUAGGAACAGUUCAUGAACCAUGUGUUGUCAUCUUGCCUUUGCGGCCAGGUUACCGAGCAUUUACAUAAUGGCGGCCUUCCGUAGUCGAACAUUUGCACAUUUGGAAACGGUUUGCGAUUGGUUAGCUUGUUAGUUGCAGAGAAUAAACCGCAGUGAGUUUUCAUUUUUUUCAUGGCGGAAAUGAAAAUUAAUGGGUUCCCGGACCACACUUCUCCUUUAUUUACAAAACAUUUGUCAGGGUAGAAAAACAAUAAGGGACAAGAAAAGACUAAAAGAUAUGGUUAAGGAUGGAGAAGAUGAAGCCGCAUUGCAAAAAAAAAUUGAUGCAUUUGUCAUGACCUAUUUCCUCCGAGCAUUAUAAAAUAUCUGUUUUGCAGGUUGUUCUCCUAGGGGCCUGGGCAAGUAUCGUGAAGUACUCUGGUGAUCUUGGCGUUCCAGAUGCAGACGAAAAAGCCAACUUCUUCAAGGGUAUUACCAUUUUUUGCUGGCUGAUGGUGAUAUUUUACAUGAUCAUUCAUAUUUUCCGCUUUACCAAACUUUGUAGUUGUGGUCGAGAGUCUAGGCUUACAUUGGUGGUAAGUUAUGAUUCAUUUAAAUAACUUUUGUUUCGGUAUCAUCGGAUUUUGAUUGAUUGAAUACCGGUGAAUUCAUGAGUCCAAAACUUACGCGAAAGUAGAUGGGGAAGUAACUUUCCUCCUGGUAGUGUUAUCUUGGAAUUAAUCAACUCGUCGCGUUGCACUGUUUCCUUGUCAAGUUUUGGAACCUUCACUUCGUCCGCAUUCUUACCAAGCUCUAACAGUUCUGCCCCUUUCCGCCCUCUUACCGUUUACAGAAAUUUGAAUAUCCCUUUCCUUUGAAAACUUCUGUAGCUAGCUCAGGAACUUUCAUAUUUGGGAAAAGAGCAUCAUAAUCUGCCAUGUCGAGACGACUCCUAUUCCCCUCAGCCCCGACUGGUGCUCAAAACUAGUUACCAGACUUUCUCGCACAAACAAUUCGAUACUAGCCUAUUGAUCUUUCAAUCAUUUAGUUAUCAAUUUAUAUAUUCUUUCUUAAUUGGUCUUUCAUUAUUCAUUCAUCCACUCAUUCAUGUGUUCAUUUAUUUUUCUAUUAAUUUAAACCUGUAUGGUUAUCUUUUUCUUAUUCUUGGAUAUAUUAUGUUUUCUAUCUUUUGCAGUCUCUCGUCUUUUAUUUCAUCAUGUUUGCGCUGCUGCUCGCCUGUACUGGAAACUUGGUCCCAAGGGCCGUUUACUUUGGAAAACGCCAGAAAAUUAUCUCAAGCACAUACAGACCAUUUGUGGUAUCCCUUAGUGUUGCCCUGGUAAGUUCUACAAUAAAAUGUAAAAUAUCCGAAGAUGAAUAUGAUUUCCGAUUACCCAUGGGCGUAUUGUACUGAACCAGGAUUAAACAUCAAUUGAGACUCUCUUGUACAAGAGGACACUUCGGUGACACAUACACACACACAAAAAGGGACGGGAAACAAAUUGAAUUGAAAUCAGUUUCAAUACGUGGUGAAUAUUCACGCGGCGAAUCCCACUUUAGCUUAUUCUGGAAAGACUUUUACUUUAAGUAUGCAGCUGUUUCGAGAAAGGUUGUCGGAUAAAAGCCUAACAGUGCACGCGACAACCCCGAAAGGUAUUGUGGGUUGUUUCAGUCCUUGGUUGCUUAACCGAAGUAUUUCAGGGAAAUCUGAGAAAAUGCCCCUGUAUAGACGAGGCAGCGUGGGUUUGAUGAAUUUAUUUUUUUCUUAUUUGACUUUUGCACUCUCUGAUUAGUCAACGCUAUAAACCAAUCAUAUUUAUAUCUUAAAGAAAACCGCUACCUGCUGGCGGUUUCCUUUACUCUUUACCUUCUUUAAUUCUUAUCAGCUUCUUUUAAAGUUUUCUUCUGUUUUGAUCGGUUUGUACGGCUCGGUCUCCGACACUCGGUCGAAAUAACCAUAUAGAUAUAAUUUCUCUUUUCUAAAUCCUGGCAGGUCUUUGGAUUUUUGUCAUGUAUAGCGUUUGCAUUGGAUAUGGUAUUACAGUACAAAUUGUUUCAGACACAGCGAGCUCAGGAGACACCAACCGAACAAGCGCAGGAAUCUCCCCAAAGACAGGCCUGGGAUAUCAACAAGGAGUAUUUACAGUCACAAUACUUUUUCGUCAAACUAGCGGAAUUGGUAAAUUAUGAGUGUUUGUGGAAGAAAUCUGUGUAAAGCUAUUUUACUUCUUUAAAUAUCAGCGAAGAAGCGCAGAAAGAGCACGUGAGGAUGAGCGCAGGGUUUGUCUUUUAAUUUUCUACCCCACCCCCUCCCCCUCCCCCUUUAAGCUCUUGUGUUUGUAUUAGUCAAAUGUCCAGCGCCUUUUAUUGCGUUCUCGCGGGAACUCGAGCUCUAAACUUGGAAAAUACAGAAGGCCCGUGAGCUGAUAAUUAUGUAGGCACACCUAGACACCAGCGGCUCACUUAGGAUAGACGGUCAAGAAUCACGGGGCAACAGGUUUUUUUUUCUGUAAUGAAUAGUUUUUUUUCCUUUAAGUCCUACUCCUGGGUACCACUGUAGUCCGAAAGACGAUUAACUGUCUUCCAUUUGAUAAGCACGACGAUAAAAAAUCAGUUAUGCAUGCCUUUGAUGCCUUUUUUACUUGACAGAUUAGUAACUUUAAAACAGAACGAUUAAAAUGAAUAACGGAAAUUGGUUGGGACGUAAGGUGGUGCUACCUUCACUCAACGGGCAAGGAGUGCUUGAGCGGGUGGAGAUAACUUUGGAAGGAUGACCUCCAAGCGGUGGAGUGUAGGGUUCUAUAACAACAGUUCACGUUAAGUGGGCCAAUCCUCUCCUCUAUUUCAGAUCAUUCUCACUUACUUUACAUCAAUAUCAGUAAUUCCUCCAAAGCUUACCCUAUUUUUCAUCCAUUUUCAGUUCCUGCUCUUUGUGGCAUGGGUAUGCGUCCUGAAAUACUUUGACACGAAUACUUUCAAAUAUACGAAUAAGACUCACGAAGAACCGGCAGCAGAAUUCUUUAGAGGAAUCACAAUCUUUUCCUGGGUGAUGACUGUUCUUGUGACGUUGACAUUUGUGAUGAGUUUCGACAAGCUUUGUGCUCGGCCUUCACGCUGGACAUUGACGGCAAGUAACGAUCCCCUUUUUCUUCCCAUGGCCACCUCUUUGAUAGAAAAAUGACCCCGUUCGUCUUAACCCGUUAACUCUCAGAAGUGAUGAACAUGUAACUUCUCCCUAUAACAUCCAUACAUUAUUCAGCAAACAGGUUAUGAGAAUACUUAAACUCAUCAGGUACAAGAUAUUACCUUGAUUGAACACCAAAUUUUCGUAAGCAAUUUACAAGGAAAUGUGUGGCAGCUAGAGGGGAGAAUUAACAAUCAGAUCUUGGGAGUUAAAGGGUUAAAAAGGCCGCACUUGAGUUCUCUAUGGGUAGAAAGAGGCGAUCAUAUUAGAGACAAGUAUGCCUUUGAAAGACGAAACUAAAAAGUAAAUAACAGUGAGACUUGAAAAAUGUCAAUUUUCUCAAGAUCCUCGUCCACAAACAGUGACAUGAUUAAAACCUUCUUAUUAAGUUUACCAUAUUUUUUUUUGUCCACGUGUAACCUUUACAGCCAAAUUUGUUUUGCAUAGAUCAGCACUUUUACAUGGCAUAAAUUUUAUGCUCCUUGGGUUUCGUCCACUCUUAUGAGGAAACCUUGUCUUAAAUGUUCUGAUAUGGGGAUUGAGCCUGGGAUGAAGGGGCGAACUUUAUUCAAUCUCGGUUUAAUUUUUUUGUGUUUUCUCCGUAGGCUUUGAUCAUUGGAUUUGUCUUGUUUUCGUUGAUAAUUGCUUGCUGUGGGAAUCUGACUCCUGAGGUUGUCAGAUUUGGAAAGAAUUACAAAAAUGUGAUUACAGAUUACAAGUCCAAUGUACUAGCUCUGUUUAUAGGACUGGUAUGUAAUCUUUUUUUUUUUUUUUUUUUUUGUUUCGCUUCGGCGCGGAAUUCAGAACUCUAAGUUAGGCGGUUGUUCGUGACAUUGGCAAUUGUUUAUCGCGAUAUACUGGAUUGCUUUAUUUCCAAUUUUGGUGAGAUAGAACAAACUCUCAGUCGGUUGAAGUAAUCAAGAAGGAACGCAUACGCCAAAGGGUGUAGAAGAAUGACGUUGAUUACUAUGAAUUAUGUGGAAAUUUCGGGGCACGCUCAUUUUUUACGACGGCAAAUCACAAAUGAUAUACCUUACGCACGAACUUUUUUACGACGGCAAAUCACAAAUGAUAUACCUUACGCACGAACUUGUACACAGAACUCUGUUUAUCGGAAUGUAAGUUUCGAAAAAGGUGUGAAUUGGUUCGUAGACGCGAAUCAGAGGUGAAUUUUUAACCCGGUAGCGUUGACAGAAAUGUACGUUUGUAAAUUUCUACCUCGAUUAAAGUAUGGAUACUUCACGUACACAACAAGAUGGCCUCUGGGCUAGCCUACUGGACUACACAUCACAUUGCCUCUUUCUACCCUGGGGGCUGGGAGGUUAGUUACCGGCAGACUCUUAGGGAAACUUUAGUUAAGGCUGGAAUUACUAACCCUUUGCAGUGGGUAUUUAGGUUGGUGGGACGUUUCUCAAUCCUUGAUAGCCAGAAAGUAUACCAUAUUUCUAAAUCUGCUCUCUGGUAGGGGUUUGGAUUCUUAUCGUGUGGGGCAUUUGGCGUGGAUAUGGUGUUGCACUACAAGCUGUUUCAGACGCAACGAGCUCAAGAGACACCCACUGAACAAUCGCAGGGACCUCCCCAAAGACGAGCUUGGGAUUUCAAUAACGACUUCUUAAAUUCUACGACGUUCAAAGUAAAAUUAGUGGAAAUUGUAAGUUUUUAUUAUCGUCUACGAUAAUGAUUUCACAAGGGACCAAUAACUAAAAAAUCAGAGAUCUUAACAUCACCCGGUGAAGUUCAACGUACUUUGCUCAAUCACUGUAUUUUGUUUUGUUAAGUUUGAUAUUAAUCAAAGUCCAAACCGAAAGGCCAGAGGGUACGAUGUAACCCUGUAAAAUUUUAUAUUAAACUUACACUAUUGCAAUCAAAGUUAACAUAUUUCACCCCGCCGAUUCAGAUGUUACUUCGAAGUUUUUGGUUUGGGUUGGACGCGAUGGAGUGCACUUGCCUUGCGGUUGGGUUAUUGUGCAUAUCGAUGCCUAGUAUCCCCCUAAAUGCUGUGAACAGCUAACAGCAUUGAUCUGUGAUGUUGUAUAUGUAGAUUUUCAGUUUCCACGUUUAAUCCAUACCUUUCAACGUAACUGUGAAGAAACGGAACACGAAUCUCAGAACUGAACCUUGCAAACCUUAAGAAUUUAACCUUGCGAACCUUCAGAACUCAACACUGCGAACAUUUAUGUUAUUUUUUUAAUUAGAACCUAGCUUGAAACCAAAUACUGCUUAUCUUAUCAAAGGGCGUGUUUAUUGACACACGCAUAGCGUUCAUAUACCAGAAUUGAGUUUAAGCCUUCGAGAGAAGUUGUUUUCCACGAGAACGGAUAGUUUCUUUUUGACGAGUUAGAACUUUGGAAUCUUAUAAAUCUAAUUAUCGUAGGAUAUAGCAAAUAAAAACCUUAACAGCAACCUUGUUGAGGCAACACUCUGUAAAGGGUAUUACAUUGUAAGAUAGUCACUGCAGCAACAAAAUUUGAACUACAGUUAUGCCACUUUGGAAUCGCUUUUAAAAAAACAUGCAAAUAUUUCCAUAGCGAAAUGGUCAGUUGAAAAUCCUUUUGUUUUACAUAAUCUUAGUAACAUCGACCUUCAUCAACAUUUUUACACGUAUUUUCAGAUGUUCCUGUUCGCGGCAUGGGUGUGCAUUGUCAUAUACUUUGACAUGGAUAUUUACUGGAUUACGACUGAGGAUUCAGAGGUCGAUUUUUUUAAGGGAGUCACCAUCUUUUCCUGGGUGAUGGCUGUUCUUUUGACUCUGACAUUUGUGUUGAGCUUUGAUAAGCUAUGUGGCCUCUCCUCCCGAUGGACAUUGACAGUAAGUGAUAUAUUUCUUUUUAAUAGAUAUUAGCUGAUAAUUAUCCUUAUCGAGGUUAUCAAGCUGGGAGAUUGAGUAACCUAUAUACCUUAUUCCAAAGGCAGUCUUGCCUAAGUUAUUUUUUAGACAAAUGAAUCUGUCCUCCCCGUAAUGAAAUUCUAACCGACAACCGACGUGUACAUAAAACAGGUAUGUUAGGCACGCCGGGUAAAACAUCGUUCAAAAAUUGUCGAGGCUCCCUUCUCAGAAUCCACACUAUUUCGUGAUUACGCAGAAUUGUCGCUUGUUCCCCACGCGUUGGCUGAAUGUUUCAGCGAAGACCGCCGCACGGGUAGGCGCCUGAGCAAAAUUUGCGGUACAAUUUUUUAUUACAAGAUACUUCUUGGAUCUCUGUCACGUUACUUAGAAGACUUUGAACUCAGUAAAUUUCCCAGAUGAUUUACUGCAUGGUUUCUUCAUCUCGAAUGCUCACGAAAAUAUUCCACAAUUCAACUGCUCGGACUAUUGUUAUGUAAUCAUACAAAAUUGCACAGGAUUGGCUGAUGGAUUAAGUGCACGCGCAAGGCCACGUGCCAUGAGAACGUAACGCAAUAUCACGAUAGUCUCCAAACACUUGACUGUGGAGAAUUAACCUUAGGACUAAUGUUCGUAUCGAGGGUGGAGAAAAGUGUUGCUCUCUCUCAGGUUGGUCUCUCCUGUGUAUUAGUUUAACUACAAACCGUGUGCUUCGCAUUGGUUGUGUUGCCCUGUUUAAUCUAUUUUUAUGUAUUUAGUCUGUAGGUGAUUUAUUAACUCGACUAAGGAAAUGAGAGAUCGAUUGUUGAAAUGUUUGUUUAUAUCUUUGAUAUUUUCAGACUUUAUGUGUUUACCUCCUUGUCGCCAUUUUGUUGAUCGUUUGCUGCGGAACCCUAACUAAGCCUGUCAUCGACCGGGCAAAGACUUUCAAAUAUGUGAGCACGAAUAACAGGGCUAAUAUAUUAGCUCUGAUUAUAGCAGCGGUAAGUAAUGUUUGUGUGUUUGCACACUGAUUCAAUAAAGUUUAAAUUCCCUCCUCCGCCCUAGCAGAACGACCUGUGACCAACGACCUUUAAUGUGGUUUCAUCAACAGUCGAAAGUAAAAUUCUUUUGAUUCAUUUGUAUAUGAUUCGAUCGUAUUCAUCAACAAUUUUGAGCUGAUGAACGAGAAACACUGAAUAAUGAGAGUACACCGAUUUUGACUUGACAGCCGCUGGGGUAUAUCUCGUGGAUAAUUGUGAUUGUAGAUAUCAUCCUUAUGUACAAGUUGUACCAGCAGCAAAGAGCGCAGGAGGCUGGCUCCUCGGCACAGUCGGGUGUCGUCCAACAUCCUGCCGUCGUGAUUGUCCCACAAGGCGCUAAACAAGUUCCUUAUCAACCAGCUGCAUAUCCAGGACAACAGCCCGUCCAAUAUCCGGGACAACAACCCGUCCAAUAUCAGGGACAACAGCCCGUCCAGUAUCCGGGACAACAGCCCGUUCAGUAUCCGGGACAACAGCCCGUCCAGUAUCCAGGACAUCAGCCCGUCCAGUAUCCGGGACAACACCCUGUGAUGGCAGGAGUUCCUGCCUACGGUUUGCAAGCACAGAAUGGAGAAAAUGAAAAAUGAAAUGUAGCAACGUGCUUUGUAAAGCGAAGUCUUCCUUACUAUGCGCAGAGCAAUUUUGCAAAAUUUAGAACUAAGGUAACUGAUUUUGGCGUAGUGACGAGACAAGGGUCGCUUUUAGUUAAGUCUUCGAUUGCCGUUUGGUUUGCUGAUAUAGUAUCACAACUCGAGAUGAUAUGCUUUGUAGAAAAAGCGCAAAUAAGUAAGGUCACCGUGGAGAAAAAUUAUUUGUGUUUGCCGGGGAAUCUCAUUUCCCUAUUGUGGUCAGUGAUAAAGAAAAGCAAAAAUGUCUAGGAAAAUAUUAUGUGGUUAUUUAACAAUGUCUGUGUGCUGUCUUAAAGAUUACUAAUAUUUGGCAGUAUAUUGAGCCACAACUAAGCUAGGUAGGAUUUAUAAACAUGUAUUAUGCUUUUAAACAGAGUAUUAAAUAUCGACGG